AUGAUCCUUUUUUCAAAGGAGUUCAUUUUAUUUCUUAUCCUUAGUUUCCAUGUCACUGCAAACUGGAGAUUAAUAGAUUAUAGUUUCACAGAUACUUUUAUUGAUGACAAUAACUGGAAGAUGUUUGGAUCAUGUACCAGUUAUUUGCCAAUCUUAUUUAAUAGAAAAAGUUGUCCUCAAAAUUCACAAACAUAUGCCUCUUUAAUAAGAUAUAACUAAUACAUGGAAAAGACAUUUAAUUAUAAGUGCUUUUCAGCUUAAGUAGUAUUUGAUGUCUUUUUUUUUGAAAUAGAUAACGUAGCUUCCCAUUUACUGGUUAAGUCUUAAACUCCAAGUGAUAGCUAAAUAAUUUAUGGGAGAAAUUAUUUGUAAAACGAUUUAUCUCAAAAUAGUCAAAACAUUUGCAAUAAUUUCUUUACUUAUUUUCAAUUACUUACAAUAACAAAUACAAUUUAUGAUCUCAACACUGAAAACUAAUUUCUAAUAAAUUUUUGUUUCAAAACUUAUUCAUUAUUUUCAGAAAUUGGAAUUAGAAACGUGUUAAUUUAUGUCAAUCCUUGUCAUCCAACAUGCUUAAAAUGUAACGGUCCUUUAAAAACAAAUUGCUUAACAUGUUUCGAUGGAUAGGUUGUAUCAGGUGGGUAAUGCUAAUGCAUUUCUGAAUAAUAAUUUUCUGAAACUUUUAUAGGUUGUCGUUAGGAAUGUAAUAGAGAUUAUUCUAUAGCUCGUAAUGACAAAAUUUGUGUGUAAGACUACAGAAUUAAAUCAUUAUUUACAUUCUUUCAAAAUUAAGCAAUUCCUAUAUCAAAUGAUAAUAGGUAUUCUCCUUUUAUUUUCAUAACAGACAUAUUUCAUCCUAAGAACAGUGAUUUAAUUUAUAAGGAUUGUCGUGCAUAUGAUUUUAUUGGCGAAUUGUAAUUUAAUGAAGGGAUGCUUUACUAAAUGAAGUUAUAAGAUUCAGCUAAAUUUCUACGAAUUCGUCUUACUUUUUAUUUAUCUAAUUUGCAAGGUUCAAGUAAGAUUGAAAUCUUAAAUGAUAAUCAAAUAUAAUCUCGCAUAAUAAAAACUACAACUGAUUUAUAGUAUGAAAACUUAAAUGAAAUAUUUAAACAGAGUAUUUGCGGGGGUAGUUCUAUUUUGCUAAGAAUAGAGAUGAUUUUUAAAGUCUUUAAUUCUAAUCCGACAAUCAAGAUUUAAGGAUAACUUUAACAAGCAAGUGAGUUUUGGGGGUUUAACAAUGUCACGAUUGACAUAGGACUUUGUUAAUAGAAUUGCAAGAUUUGUCAAGACUUUUCUAAAUGUGCAUAAUGCGAAACAGGUUAUUAAUUAUAUAGAAACUAAUGUGUUUAGAAUUGUCCUAUUCAUUCAAUUAAUUGUGUUGAUUACGAGGAUAGCAUACCAUGUAAAAUUAAUUUGAUAUCAUUUCUUAGAUUCCAGAUACUUGGCGAAAGGAUUUUAUAAUUUAAAUAUGACUCUCGAUGAGAUAGACUCUUUUUAUGAUACUGUUACAAAUCCAACAGGUAAUUUUGCAACCAAUUAAAAAUUUUCAAUUUUGAACUAUAAAAUUGUAUUAGGAGGUUUGUUGGUAUGGAAUGAUGGAUCAUACAUCAAGACAUGGACUAUUCAAAAGCCUCAUUAUAGAGUGUCGAUAUAUUUUAAUGUAAUUUAUGGGAACAGAUAUACUGGAUAGUUUUAUUAUCGGAUAGGUACUACUAGCAGUGCACUUCAAGGACCUUAUUCUGGAGGAGGAGGCAGUCUAUUUUAUCAAAUCAGUUUUUAGAGCACCAAUAAAAUUAGUUUGGACAAUUUUAUUUCUGACAAUUUAUACAUAGAACUUUUAUGUAAAACCUCUACUCCAAAUAUUAAUGAAGGUUUUUGUGCUAUAUCAGACUAUUUUAUUGUUGUCCAUUAUGUAAUAUUUUAUCUUUAUGUUAUAAAUUAGUGUCCUCCUUUUUGCUAAUCUUGUGAUGGUUCAGGUGUAUGUUUAGUAUGGGAGACUAGUCAUACUAGUUUAAGUUCUGAUUGUUAAAGUAAUUAAUAUUUGAAUUUUGAUCAAUAAACAGAAACCUAUAGUUGCAAAUAUUGUGAUUAGAUUUGUAGAACAUGUUUGAGUGAAGAUGAAUGUUAAUAAUGCAUUAGUGAUUAAUUUUAGGUAAUUAAUGGAAUUUGUUAAUGUAAACCAUCCAGUUUUAGAUAAGGAACAUUGUGUUUAUAAUGCAAUAGAUACUGUGAAAACUGUUUUGGUAUUACAUAAUACGAUUGUGUCUCAUGUAUUAAGGAAUUUCACAGAAGCAUUCAAUACAAUUAAUGUUUAUGUUAGCCUGGGUAUUACGAUGAUGGAAUUAAUCUACCAUGUCUUCCAAUAUGUGGAGAUGAAAUAGUAGUUGAAGAAGAAGAUUGCGAUGAUGGUAACGAUGACCCAUUUGAUGGAUGUGAUUAAUGUUAAUUUAAGUGUUAAGAAGAAUGCAAGCGUUGUCAUUCUGGUAAGUGUUAUCAAUGCAAGGAUAAAUAUUAAUUAGUUGAAUCAAUCUAUAUAUGUAAACCUAUAUGUGGGGAUUUGGCAAUAGUCAAAAAUGAAUAGUGCGAUGAUGGUAAUAGUAAUGCCCUUGAUGGGUGUCAUAAUUGUUAAUUAUAAUGUUACAAUCAUUGUUUAAAAUGUAAUUUAGGGAUUUGUGAAAAAUGUGAUGAAAUUAAUGGCUGGUAUUUAACAGGUGCUAAUUGCGAAUUUGUAUGUGGAGAUGGAAUUGUUGCUUAGGGACAAGAACUAUGUGAUGAUUCAAAUUCGAACCCUUUUGAUUUAUGCAAUAAUUGUCAAUAUGGAUGUUCAUAAUAUUGUCUGCAUUGCUAAAAUGGAGAUUGUCUUAAAUGUGCCAUAGGCUUUAAAUAUGAUUAUUAUACUAGAUAAUGCGCUUAAAUUUGUGGGGAUAAUUUAAUUGUAGAAAAUGAAUAAUGUGAAGAUCAGAUGGUCUCAUAUCUAGCAUAGUGUUAAAAUUGCUAAUUUAAAUGCCAUCCAAAUUGUAUUGUAUGUAAGUUUGGUCAAUGUCAAUAAUGUUCGAUAGGCUAUUUUUUAAUAGAUCAUUAAUGUAAAGAAAUUUGUGGAGAUGGAUUAACUAUUGGAACUGAGGUUUGUGAUACAUCAAUAAAUGAUCUCAAUUCUAAUUGCUACGGUUGUAAUUAUAACUGUAUAAGUGGCUGUUUGAUUUGUAAUUAGGGUAUAUGUCAAAUUUGUUAAGAUGGAUAUUUCUUAGAUUAAUUUUUAUGUAAACCCACCUGCGGAGAUCAAUUAAUUGUUGAGUCAGAAUUGUGUGAUGAUGGCAAUUUAAUACCGUAUGAUGGAUGUGAUGGUUGCAACUUUUCAUGUGAAAUUUCUUGCAGUUUGUGCGAAUUUGGUAAAUGUAUAUAUAAUAAUGACGAUCCUAUUUCAUCCACUUUUGAUUGUACACCAAAUUGUAAACUAUGUGAAUAACAGAAUAUUUGUUCGGAUUGUGAGGAGUAUUUUCAAUUAAUUAAUAAUCAUUGCGUUCCUGUUUGUGGAGACGGUAUUAUUAUUGAAGGCUUAGAAGAAUGUGACGAUGGAAAUAAUUUACCAGAUGAUGGGUGCUAUCUAUGUCAAUUUUAAUGCUCAAAUGGCUGCGUCGAUUGUUAACAAAGUUAAUGUAAGAAAUGUGAUGAUGUAUACUACACUUUGGACAUCUAAACAGCUAAAUGUUUGGAAAAGAUCUAAGAUUAAACUGAUACUAAUGUUGAUCCAUCAAUCUUAGAAUAAUAGCAAUAUACAGUUUUAAGAUGUGGAGAAAAUCAAUUACUAGUUGAUAAUAUAUGUGUGAAUUAAUGCGGAAAUGGAAUACUGAUUAAUCAGUAUGAAGAAUGUGAUGACGGAAAUCGUAUUGGAGGAGAUGGAUGCUCUUCAUUUUGCAAUAUUGAAAAUUCUUAUAAAUGUGUGAAUUAAGAGGGAUCAUUAAGUUAAUGCACAUUUAUUAGAUCACCAGAGUUUGUUAUCAAUAUUUUAUCAGACAAAAUGAAUUCAACGUAGAUAUUAGAAUUGACUUUCACUUAAGAUGUUAGAUUAUAGACUGAAAUAAAGUUUGAUGAACUAGUGUUUUUCACAAUAGCUACUUAAACUCAAUAUUUAUUAACCAUCAGUCACAUUUAAAACAUCUCUACUCAUUUAAGCAGUCCAAAAUAUUAAAUCUCAAUCGAAUUUCUUGAACCCAUAAAAGACCCUAUUCUAUAAGUUGAUAUAGAAAGAUCUAUAAUACAGAACUAAUUUGAAUAAGAUUUAUAAGAUUAUUAAAAGACCAUCCUUCUAGGAACUCCUUUUGUCUUACCUGAAAGUUCAAAACAAUAGUUGACUUCUAUCGUUGAAAUUAAUGACGUUAUGAUGUAUACCAUGGUAAGUGUAUCAAGUUUGGCAUUGUUAACUGGAAAUGCUGUUAUGUUCUUUAAUUUGCUCGAUUUAUUAUAAUCCCUAUCUUAUAUCAAGUUUAUGCAAUAUCAGUUUCCACCACAUUUAAAAGAAUUUCUGGAUACUUACACAAAGGUUUCAUUGCAACCAAUUAUGAACUAUUUUCAAGUAGAUUAAUUAUUGGCAAAUUUAAAUGGAGGUACUCUUCCAUAUUAAGUCAGCAAUAAAUCCCCAUAAAAACCCACAGCAAAUGCUUUAAAUUAGUUUUACUUAAUCAAUGCAAAAAGUUGCUAUUUUUCUGUCUUGGCAUCGAUAUUAACUUAUCUAAUAUAUUGUGUUAUAGUGUCAGAUAGUGUUUAAAAAAUCUUAUUUAAAUUUUACAAUGAAAAAAAUCCAAAUUCUAAAAUUCUAAAAUGUAUUGAUUUUUUUUAAGAGAAAAUUCAGAAAAAGUGCUUAAAAUUGAAGUUUGAAUAUUUCUCUUUAGGUAUAUUUAAACUUUAUUAAGCGAUUUUACACUAGCUUAUUUUCAGCACAUUAUUACAAUUUCCAAACUAUUAAUUUAAUAGUGCAUUUGAAAUUUUCAACAGCAUUAAUGCAAUGAUGGGAUUACUUUUUGUCUGUUUUGUGGCUUUCAAUUUAUUUACAAUUACUUCCGCUGAAAUCAAAGAUUUAAGGAAAUGGAAAUAUUUUUAUUUUGAAUCGAAAACAUCGUUUUGGUAAGUUUAAUGUAAGUCCUUCUAAAUUUACAGAGUAUUGUUUUACAUAAUGAUUAUUGUUCAAUUAAUGAAUUAUCCUGAAGCAUAAUCAAUUUUACUCUCUAUGCUAUCAUUUUUCUAUUUGAUUUACUUAAUCAAAUAUAAACCAUUGUAAUCUCAAUAUGAACUUCGAAAAUUAAUUUGUAGAGAGUUGCUAGUAAUGUUAAUAACUGGAACAUUUCUAAUUUAUAGUUUUGAUUUUAGUUAAGAUAGUUAUAUGCUUUUUGGUUGGGUACAUAUAGGUAUGUUUUGCUCAAUUUUAGCUUCUAACCUCUUCAUCGACAUAUAUGUGUAAAUCCACAAAAUCUAUGAUAGUUAUUAACAAAAAAAAAUUAAAGAUAAAAAUGAAUAAGAGAGAAAAUAUUUUUAUAAUCAAUUGCAAAAUUUUCUAGUAAAUGACCAAAAUUAUACUCUGCAAAAUAGGCAUAAUUGA